AUGCAUCGCUACUUCUCCUGCAGCGACUGCGGGAAAAACUUCGCGACGUCGAGUGGCUUGAAGCAGCACCAACACAUCCACAAGAGCGUCAAACCCUUCCAGUGCAAGGUCUGCUGCCGGUCGUACACACAAUUCAGCAACCUCUGCCGCCACAAACGGAUGCACGCCGACUGCCGGCAGCAGAUCGACUGCCACAGAUGCGGCCAGACGUUCUCGACGCUUGUGUCGCUCAACAAACAUAAACGGUUCUGCGACGGAUCGAUCGACAAGUACUCCUGCAAGUUCUGUCUGAAGCAGUUUCCACGGUCUGCCAACCUGACACGCCACCUGCGAACGCACACGGGAGAGCAGCCAUACAGGUGCCAGUUCUGUCGCAGGAGGUUCAGCAUCUCGUCGAACCUGCAGAGGCACGUCAGGAACAUCCACAACAAGGAAAAACCAUUCAGGUGCAGGCUCUGCGAUCGACGUUUCGGCCAACAAACCAAUCUGGAUAGACACUAUAAGAAACAUGAGAAUCAACAGACAAGCGACAGCACGCAACAACACCAUCAGAAGCCACACCACUACCACCAUCACCAACAACAAAUAUACCCCAAUCAUUGUCUAUUCAACCACAAAACCAGCCAAACAACCGCCAGAGCAGCACAAUUCGGUUUCAGCCCCUUCAAACGCAACGAGGACAGUAACCAUCACAUCGCCAACAACACAAACAACAACGACGAACAUAAAAAAAGCCUCAGCAACGACCUAACAAUGACCUACCGACAGCACAUGAAUGGUUACUUGGCCAGGUUCCCGGCUUUCUAUCAACAUCUCGUCUUCGCUCCUUUCGUUCAAAAAUCCCACCAAAACAUUCAGAGCGAGAAAAACCAGAUGGAAGGCCUCAAUAGUAACUAUCCAAACGAUGACGCCAAUGAUGACGACGACGACGAGGACUGUCAUCACGUGCAAGAAACAUCGACCAAUGACAACAGCGAAAAAAGCGAAACUUUAAGCAGUAACGAUGGCAGCGAUGGCAACGACGAAGAAGACAUUUCAGUUGACGAUGAAGUUGAAGACGACGACGACGACUUGGAAAUCAUGAAUUAAUCUACGCGCGCUGAUCUAGCACGCAUAUAACACGACGCAACAUUUUUUGCGAAAAUUUUAAAACAAUUUCGAUUAUUUUUUGUGAAAAAUUUUUACAACACAAAAUUAAAAAAUUAUAUAUAUUGUAAAUUGUUAGCAAAUGGUGGAAAAAUAUUUCCAACCUUCAUACAAACGACGCUUAUGUACAAACACAAACACACAUACAUAUAUGUACAAUGCCUUUAUUUAUAUUUUACACAUAAUAGAGAACCAUUAAUUUGAACGAAAAAUUGAGUAGAGUUAGACAAAAAUGUUCAUUUUAAAAGAAUUGUUAAUAACUUCAUUUAUAUAUAUAUAUAUAUUUAUUUAUUUAUUGGUCAUAAAUUUAUCUCAUUUCUUUGAUACAGUCAUUGUAUUGUUGUUCUUAUUCUUGAAUGAAAGAUUGUCGUGAAUUUU